UUUUCCAGGAAGAUUAUCGGCGCCCGAUAUUACAUCAAGGGUUAUGAAGCAUACUACGGGCCGCUGAACAGAACACUGGAUUAUCUCUCCCCUCGAGACAUGGACGGUCACGGGACCCACACAUCUUCCACGGUGGGUGGCCGGAGGGUUAACAGUGUCUCCGCCCUUGGAGGGUUCGCCUCAGGUACUGCCUCAGGCGGCGCCCCACUGGCUCGCCUGGCAAUUUACAAAGUCUGCUGGGCUAUUCCAGGCCAAGGCAAAGAAGGCGGCAACACCUGCUUCGAAGAAGACAUGCUCGCCGCUAUUGAUGACGCCAUUGCCGACGGGGUUGACGUUUUGAGCAUUUCAAUCGGAACCAGGGUGCCCGUAGGUUACGAUGAGGAUGGCAUAGCAAUCGGGGCGCUUCACGCCAUCAAGAAAAACAUCGUGGUGGCCUGCAGCGCUGGAAAUUCAGGGCCUGCCCCGUCUACCUUGUCUAAUCCUGCUCCCUGGAUUAUUACGAUCGGUGCAAGCAGCGUGGAUAGGAAAUUUUCAGCACCGGUUGUUCUUGGAAAUGGCGUCAAGAUUAUGGGCCAAACUGUAACUCCAUAUAAACUGGAAAAGAAGCUGUAUCCAUUAGUUUAUGCAGCUCAAGUAACCAACUCUGAUGUGCCCAAUAACAUAUCCGGGCAAUGCUUACCUGGAUCUCUUUCUCCUGAGAAGGCCAAGGGAAAGAUCGUGCUGUGUUUGAGAGGAAACGGAACCAGAGUUGGAAAAGGUAUGGAGGUAAAAAGGGCUGGAGGGAUCGGUUUCAUCUUGGGCAAUAGUAAAGCAAAUGGGGACGAGUUAGCAGCUGAUGCCCAUCUUCUUCCCGCCACUGCUGUUAAUUACGGAGAUGCUCUCAAGAUUCUUAACUACAUCGAAUCUGCGAAAGCCCCAAAGGCGCAUAUUGAACGUGCUAAGACGGUGUUAGGUGCCCAACCAGCACCAUUCAUGGCUGCUUUCUCCAGCAGAGGUCCCAACACGAUUUCACCUGAUAUUCUAAAGCCGGAUAUCACGGCUCCAGGGCUAAAUAUAUUGGCAGCAUGGAGCGAAGCAUCUUCUCCAACAAAGAUGGCAGAAGAUCAUCGAGUUGUGAAGUAUAAUAUUUUGUCCGGCACGUCCAUGUCUUGCCCGCAUGUGGCCGCGGCAUCUGCUCUUCUCAAGGCCAUACACCCCAGUUGGAGUAGUGCUGCCAUAAGAUCUGCUCUAAUCACCUCUGCCGGGCUGAAUAACAAUGAGCAUAACCUCAUCACUGAUGCAUCCGGCAAUUCAGCAGACCCUUUUCAAUUUGGUUCCGGUCAUUUCAGACCCACAAAGGCUGCUGAUCCAGGUCUUGUAUACGACGCCUCCUACAAAGACUAUCUUCUCUUCCUAUGCAGCAGUGGAUCCAAAAGUCUUGAUUCUUCCUUCAAGUGCCCGAAAAAUUCACCGUCUCCAGUUAAUCUCAAUUAUCCAUCCCUUGCAAUACCCAAACUCAAUGGCAGCGUUUCUGCUAUUAGGACAGUAACGAACGUGGGCGGCAGCAAUAGUGUUUAUUUCGUCAGUGUAAAACCUCCACCAGGAAUCUCCGUCAAAGUAUCACCUCCCAUUCUCUUCUUCAACCGUGCUGGGCAGAAGAAAAGCUUCACCAUAACCGUAAAGUUAGAUAACGGUAUUACAGCUGACAGCAUUGAGAAGGACAAGUAUGCAUUUGGAUGGUAUACAUGGUCCGACGGAAUUCACAAUGUCCGAAGUCCCAUGGCAGUUUCAGUAGCCUAGUUUUCUGUUUCAAAGUUUUUCAGGCGGAUAUCUGAGAAGCAUUGACUGUAUAGGUUUUACUUACACCGCAACUCCAAUAAAAUUUAAAGAUAAAACUA